AUGGUUUAUGCCCUUGCUCAAGCUGCAUUUGACAAAGGCUGGUCUGAUCUUGCUGUCCUCGUCCUUUUGGGUUUUGACAGAUUUGCGCGGUCUGGGGAGCUCUUUAUGGCUAAGAGAGGAGACUUUACUUGGAAUACCACCAAGACCAAGGCCAUUUGGUCCCUUCCUUUGACCAAAAGCGGACAAAGAGUCGGAGCUCAGGAAUCUUUAGUCAUUGACGAUAGCUGGCUGGUGGUGGCACUGGCUAACUACAUGUCAGCCCUCUCUCCAGGGGAUUAUUUGCGGAGUGUUUCCCCCGGAAUUAUGCGCUCCCGUCUUAAAAGUCUUCUGAGUGACUUGAAGUUUCCUGAGGGGUACCAAUGGUACUCGCUCCGUCGAGGUGGCGAGGCGCCCACGCCCGCGGCACAGCGGGGCGGAUCUCAGGUCUCUGUACCCGCACCAGCAUCACGCUUCUCGUUGCCCGAGAUGGUGGGCAUCAGCAGUUGUGCCCCUGCCUCUGCCUUCUCAAAUAGGCGUAUCACCAAUACUUGGUUGAACAUCCGGAAGCUGUACUGGCCCAUCACCAGCCGCACUGUCCCAACGCCUCAGGAGUGCGGAUCUGCACUGGAUCGGGAGGGUUGGCUGUUGACCACGGAGGCGCAUGAAUACGCACUGGGUGACGGCGGUGCCAUUGACAACAGUGGCCUGCUGCCUUUGCUUCAGCGCAGGGCCAGGAAGGUGAUCUGGAUUGCAACCUCCUACAUGCCCAUGACGGAGUACGACUAUGAGAAGGCGACCUUCGGGAACUUUGACCCCUAUGAAGCUCAGGUGGUGGACCAGGUGGCCGCGGCCUUUGGAUAUGGCCUGUGCAACAAGGAUGAAGGCUACUUCUACUCCAACAACCAGGUCUUCAAAAAAACUGAGCUGCUGCCCAUUUGCCGAAAACUGUGGAACCUGAAGUCACAGGGAAAACCGUGCGUCCUCAAAGAGACUUUGGAAGUCUUGCCCAACAACUAUUGGGGCAUUGUCGGAGGAUAUGAGGUCUCCCUGGUGCUGGUCUACUUGGACCAGUGCACGGACUUCCAGAAGCAGCUUCCGGAGGAAGUGCAGCAGGAAAUCGCCAAAGGCGCCGGCGGCGCGUUCGAGAACUUUCCCAUCUACAAGACCACCGGUAACAACAAGGACGACCGCCUGGGCUUGACGACGGCUCAGGUGAAUUUGUUGGCUGCGCAAGGGGAAUACGCUGUCCGACAGAAUGCUGAGCUCUUCCGGGAGUUCGCGGCGUCCCGCGAGGGACGCGAUCUGCAUCUGCCCACAAUUUUGCGGGGACCUUCGUAUCACAAAGAUGCCAAGUAGACUCAGAGCUGUCCUCGUUUAUGGAAGAGGAG